CUGGGAAACGGCGGCACUUGUUUGGGCUUUGCAUCCUGUUGUCAAAGUGCAACUGUGCGCGUGCUGCUGUGUGUGCGUGUCGCGUGUCCGCCCCGCGUGUGUGCUGUCCGGUUCGGUUCCAGGAUGAAGAGAGGCAAGAAGACGGAGGAGGAGGCGGUGGCGGCGGAGGAGGGCGAGAACGAGACGGGGGCAGCCUCUGUUAAGAAAGCCAAGAAGGCCAAGGAGCCCGAGGCGCCCGUGCUGUACGAGGACCCUCCUGACAAGCUGACCAGUCAGGACGGCCGCAGCGCCAACACGAAGAUCACCUCCUGGAACGUGGACGGGCUCAGGGCCUGGGUCAAGAAGAAGGGCCUGGACUGGGUCCGCGAGGAGGCCCCAGACGUUUUGUGCCUUCAGGAGACCAAGUGCGCCGACAAAGACCUCCCCGCCGACAUCACCUCCAUGCCCGAGUACCCCCACAAGUACUGGGCCGCGUCGCAGGGGAAGGAGGGCUACAGCGGCGUGGCCAUGCUCUGCAAGACCGAGCCAAUCAAAGUGACCUACGGCAUCGGCAAAGAGGAGCACGACAAGGAGGGCCGCGUCAUCACCGCCGAGUUCCCCGCCUUCUACCUGGUGACGGCCUACGUGCCCAACGCCAGCCGGGGCCUGGUGCGCCUGGACUACCGCAAGAGCUGGGACGCCGACUUCCGCGCGUACCUGAGCGAGCUGGACGUGCAGAAGCCGCUGGUGCUGUGCGGCGACCUCAACGUGGCGCACCAGGAGAUCGACCUGAAGAACCCUAAGGGCAACAAGAAGAACGCGGGCUUCACGCCCGAGGAGCGCGAGGGCAUGAGCCAGCUGCUGGCGGCCGGCUUCCUGGACGCCUUCCGCCAGCUCUACCCGGAGCAGGCCAACGCCUACACCUUCUGGACCUACAUGAUGAACGCCCGCGCCAAGAACGUGGGCUGGAGGCUCGACUACUUCCUGCUGUCCUCCUCCCUGCUGCCGGGCCUGUGCGACUGCAAGAUCCGCAACCAGGCGCUGGGCAGCGACCACUGCCCCAUCACGCUGCACAUGGCCGUGUAG